UGAUAAUAUAAUUUCUGCAUUUAGAUAAAAAAUCAAAUAGAAGUAGAUAAAAAUAGUAUAUAAUAAAGAUUAAUAUCAAUGGGUCUGCGGACAACAGGUUUUUCGGGAGUGAGGAAAAUAUGGUUCCUAGCCUUAUGGAUUUUCACAAUUUAUCUGACAUAUUUGUAUACAUCUGGACAUCCGAAAGAUACUGAUUCAUCCUCAUCAUUUAUCAAUAGAGAUAUUAUGAUGGUUAAAAAUGCUCAAGAAUAUCAUUAUAAUCCAGAUCAAAAGACUUCUCAUGCCAACAGUCGAGAACUCCCUGUUAUUUUCAUUGGAGGAAUGCCUCGCAGUGGAACAACUUUAAUGCGAACGAUGCUUGACGCUCAUGACGAUAUUAGAUGUGGACAAGAAACCAGGGUUAUACCAAGACUUUUGUUUAUGAGGAAUAACUGGAUAAGGUCUUCCAAAGAGAAAAAAAGGCUGGAAGAGGCAGGUGUAUUGCCUGGUGUAUUAGAUGAGGCGGUCAGUCAAUUUAUUCUGGAAAUAAUAUUAAAUCAUGGAGAGCCUGCCAAACAUUAUUGUAACAAGGAUCCUUUUACCUUGAAAGCCACAACAUAUCUGCAUGAACUCUUUCCAAAUGCCAAAUUUCUAUUAAUGUUACGAGAUGGACGAGCUACUGCGCAUUCAAUUAUUAGUAGAAAAGUAACGAUAGCUGGUUUCGACAUUACAAGUUACAGGGAUGUAUUGACAAAAUGGAACAAAGCAAUGGAACUUAUAAAUGGGCAAUGUCAGCAAGUCGGAACUAAGUAUUGUCUUCCCGUUCAUUAUGAAAAGUUAGUUCUUCAGCCUCUUUCAGAAACAAAGCGCAUUUUCAAGUUUUUGAAUAUUCCAUGGUCAGAAAAUGUAAUGCAUCACGAGAAACAUAUGAGUGACAUACAACUUUCAAAAUUGGAAAAGUCAACGGACCAAGUUCAACGUCCUUUAUAUUUGGAUGCAUUGACUAGUUGGUUCGGACACAUUCCAGAAGAUGUUGAGAGAGAUAUGGCCAAGAUUGCACCAAUGUUAUCGAAACUGGGUUACGAUCCAUAUAAUCCUCGACCUAAUUUCGGAGAACCAGACGAAUUCAUCAAAAAAUUGGUGGCUGGUAACAGUAGUUCCGUAAAUUGAUGCCAGUGAAUUAACACGAAUGAUGGAACAACCAAGAUAUAAGGACUGCGGAAGACACAGCAAUGUAGUCCAGUGUGGACAUUGAAUAGAAUAGAGACAGGCUGCAUGCAGAAUAUAUGCCUAAGAGAGUUGCUCCUGGCUGAGUUUAUUUUCACAUCAUAGAUGUUUUAUCACAGAUUACACAAGGUCCGUACUUAACAUAGAAUGGGUUGGGCCCAGAUUAAUUUCAACUUCAGAUAUUUAGAGUUCUAAGCACCGCGAGAAUUCAAUUUUUUUAUAGUAAUUUGUAUUUAUACAAACAUAUAUAUAUAGUUAAAAUGCAGAGAUUUGUUUACGGGUUUCCUAGAGCAGUAUUUCUCUACCUUUUUCCUGUCAUGGCUAUCAUUCGUUGCACAAAAAUUUUGUGGUCCAUAAACUUUUUUAAACAAGGUAACUCUACAAGAAAAAAAUAUCUUCUGCGAAAAUGGACAUAUCCACUUUAAUAAUUAAAAUUACCACUCACGUAAAAGAAAAAAACAGCAUCAUUAUUUAAUGCUACUACAGGUAAAUUUGAAUAAUUUAUCAAUAAUUCUAGCAUUUUUUAAUGGCUUGUGGGCUGUGACCCACUUGAAAAUAAUUCUCUGGUCCAGCAGUGGAUUAUGGCCCAUUGGUUGAGAUCCGGCUGCAUAGUGCGUGUGAACCUAAAAAUGGAAAAUAAAAUUCCUCAUAGAGUAUAUAAGAUUUAAAUUUAAAACAUAGAUUGUAUAAAACAUAGAAGGCCAGAUACAGAGCUGACAUGAUUAGAAGAAUCAUUUUGUUGUUUAGUCCCUGAAUUAUUAUUUAUAUUUGCAUUGCUUUUCAUCAUUGCUAUUCAUAAUUAUAAAGUUUUGUAGUU